AGCGCCAUCUGUUUACCUUGAGGCUGGACGUUGGGCAGGGCUGUGGUGGGCCGUCCCUGGGGCCGGCCGUGCCUUGGGGAUAAAUAGGCCCCGCGGGCCUCGUGGGCGGUAGAAAACGAGCAGCCACCCAGCUCCCCGCCACCGCCAUGGCCCCAGACACCGCCUGCGUUCUUCUGCUCACCCUGGCUGCCCUCGGCGCGUCCGGACAGGGCCAGAGCCCGUUGGGCUCAGACCUGGGCCCGCAGAUGCUUCGGGAACUGCAGGAAACCAACGCGGCGCUGCAGGACGUGCGGGAGCUGCUGCGGCAGCAGGUCAGGGAGAUCACGUUCCUGAAAAACACGGUGAUGGAGUGUGACGCGUGCGGGAUGCAGCAGUCAGUACGCACCGGCCUACCCAGCGUGCGGCCCCUGCUCCACUGCGCGCCCGGCUUCUGCUUCCCCGGCGUGGCCUGCAUCCAGACGGAGAGCGGCGCGCGCUGCGGCCCCUGCCCCGCGGGCUUCACGGGCAACGGCUCGCACUGCACCGACGUCAACGAGUGCAACGCCCACCCCUGCUUCCCCCGAGUCCGCUGUAUCAACACCAGCCCGGGGUUCCGCUGCGAGGCUUGCCCGCCGGGGUACAGCGGCCCCACCCACGAGGGCGUGGGGCUGGCUUUCGCCAAGGCCAACAAGCAGGUUUGCACGGACAUCAACGAGUGUGAGACCGGGCAACAUAACUGCGUCCCCAACUCCGUGUGCAUCAACACCCGGGGCUCCUUCCAGUGCGGCCCUUGCCAGCCCGGCUUCGUGGGCGACCAGGCGUCCGGCUGCCAGCGGCGCGCACAGCGCUUCUGCCCCGACGGCUCGCCCAGCGAGUGCCACGAGCAUGCAGACUGCGUCCUAGAGCGCGAUGGCUCGCGGUCGUGCGUGUGUGCCGUCGGCUGGGCCGGCAACGGGAUCCUCUGUGGUCGCGACACUGACCUAGACGGCUUCCCGGACGAGAAGCUGCGCUGCCCGGAGCGCCAGUGCCGUAAGGACAACUGCGUGACUGUGCCCAACUCAGGGCAGGAGGAUGUGGACCGCGAUGGCAUCGGAGACGCCUGCGAUCCGGAUGCCGACGGGGACGGGGUCCCCAAUGAAAAGGACAACUGCCCGCUGGUGCGGAACCCAGACCAGCGCAACACGGACGAGGACAAGUGGGGCGACGCGUGCGACAACUGCCGGUCCCAGAAGAACGACGACCAAAAGGACACAGACCAGGACGGCCGGGGCGAUGCGUGCGACGACGACAUCGACGGCGACCGGAUCCGCAACCAGGCCGACAACUGCCCUAGGGUACCCAACUCAGACCAGAAGGACAGUGAUGGCGAUGGUAUAGGGGAUGCCUGUGACAACUGUCCCCAGAAGAGCAACCCGGAUCAGGCGGAUGUGGACCACGACUUUGUGGGAGAUGCUUGUGACAGCGAUCAAGACCAGGAUGGAGACGGACAUCAGGACUCUUGGGACAACUGUCCCACGGUGCCUAACAGCGCCCAGGAGGACUCAGACCACGAUGGCCAGGGUGAUGCCUGCGACGACGACGACGACAAUGACGGAGUCCCUGACAGUCGGGACAACUGCCGCCUGGUGCCUAACCCCGGCCAGGAGGACGCGAACAGGGACGGCGUGGGCGACGUGUGCCAGGACGACUUUGAUGCAGACAAGGUGGUAGACAAGAUCGACGUGUGUCCGGAGAACGCUGAAGUCACGCUCACCGACUUCCGGGCCUUCCAGACAGUCGUGCUGGACCCGGAGGGUGACGCGCAGAUUGACCCCAACUGGGUGGUGCUCAACCAGGGAAGGGAGAUCGUGCAGACAAUGAACAGCGACCCAGGCCUGGCUGUGGGUUACACUGCCUUCAAUGGCGUGGACUUCGAGGGCACGUUCCAUGUGAACACGGUCACGGAUGACGACUAUGCGGGCUUCAUCUUUGGCUACCAGGACAGCUCCAGCUUCUACGUGGUCAUGUGGAAGCAGAUGGAGCAAACGUAUUGGCAGGCGAACCCCUUCCGUGCUGUGGCCGAGCCCGGCAUCCAACUCAAGGCUGUGAAGUCUUCCACAGGCCCCGGGGAACAGCUGCGGAACGCUCUGUGGCAUACAGGAGACACAGAGUCCCAGGUGCGGCUGCUGUGGAAGGACCCGCGAAACGUGGGUUGGAAGGACAAGAAGUCCUACCGUUGGUUCCUGCAGCACCGGCCCCAAGUGGGCUACAUCAGGGUGCGAUUCUAUGAGGGCCCUGAGCUGGUGGCCGACAGCAACGUGGUCUUGGACACAACCAUGCGGGGUGGCCGCCUGGGGGUCUUCUGCUUCUCCCAGGAGAACAUCAUCUGGGCCAACCUGCGUUACCGCUGCAAUGACACCAUCCCAGAGGACUAUGAGACCCAUCAGCUGCGGCGAGCCUAGGGACCAGGGUGAGGACCCGCCGGAUGAUGGCCACCCUCACUGCAGCUGGAUGGGGGCUCUGCACCCAGCCCCAAGGGGUGGCCAUCCUGAGGGGGAAGUGAGAAGGGCUCAGAGAGGACAAAAUAAAGUGUGUGUGCGGGGA